AUACUUUAGGCUUUUUUAUAUUAUUUUUUAAAUCUUGUAGCAUAAUCCUUGCUGCUUCCGAUUGUUCUUCGUCAUUUUGUAUUAUCUCGCAUAGGAUUUUUUGUAUAUGAUCAGGUAUUUUCUUAUAGAUUUUUUCAUGCAAGUCUCCAUUUAGAAAUGCAGUUGUGACAUCUAACAUUUCUAUAUUUAAGUUAUUUUCAAUAGCAUUUGCCAUUACCAUUCUAAUAGAGCUUAAUUUUGAUACAGGUGAAUAAGUUUCAUCAAAAUCGAUCCCAGCCAUUUGGUUAAAACCUCUAGCUACUAAUCUAGCUUUUAAUCGUUCGACUUUUCCAUCAGCUGUGUAUUUUUCUUUUAAUAUUAUUUUGUUAGUUACUAUGUUCAUACCUUCUUCUUUAUCUAUAAUUUUCCAUGUUCCAUUUUUCAGGUGAGCUUUGAACUCUGCUUUUAUAGCUUCAUGCCAUUUAGAGUCUGAUUCGUCUUUAUCCGAAUCACAUAGAACUUUGACGAGGCUCUAUUCCAUCAACAGCGUUUUCAGCAAGAGAAGUGUGGGUUUCAACCUCACUAUCAUUAUCAGACUCAGUAUUUAGCUGAGUAUUGCUCAUAUCAAGAGAAACAUUCCUUGCCGGGUUGCUGUCCGGAAUGAACACGUCAAUAAAGUUUUGUUCAUCAAUAUUCUGUUCCUUAUUUGUAGAGUCUUCAGUUGCAAAAUACAUUUUAUUUACAAUACGUACAUCUCUGCUAAUUACAACAUUAUCUGUCUUGGGUAGAUAAAUCAGAUAGGCUUUUGAUUGCUCUGAAUAUCCUGCAAACAUACCUACAGAUGCUUUUGGUUCAAAUUUAGUUCUGUAUCGCUUAUUCAGUACAAAGGCUUUUUGACCAAAUAUGUGUAGAUGUAACCCAGAAGGGACACGACCGACCCAUUUUUCAAAAGGUGUGUCAUUAUUAAUACUUUUAUUUAUGCAUCUAUUUGAUAGGUAAUUUGCGGUGUAAAUAGCUUGACCCCAUAGUUUCUCAGGUGCUUUUGACUCUAUUAACAUAGUUCUAGCUUUUUCUUGUAAGGUUCUAUUUUUCUUUUCUGCUAGACCAUUUUGUUCACUGGUGUAGGGGCAGGAUAAUCGCCUCCUUAUUCCAUUUUGAUUAAGGUAAUUUUGAAAGUCUUCAUUUAGAUAUUCUUUACCAUUGUCAGUUUGUAGGCAUUUUAUUUUUAAAUCAAGCACAUUUUCCAUUUCUUCUUUGUAUAUCUUAAAGCAUUUUAGAGCUUCAUUCUUUUGUUUCAUGAAGUAAACACGAGAGUACCUCGAGAAAUCAUCAAUAAACGUUAUGAAAUAUUUAUUUCCUGCAUGCGUUGGUACUCGCAUUGGACCACAUAAAUCGCUGUGAACAAUUUGUAACGGUUUAUUAGUUCUAGGUUCAGAAGCUGAUUUAUACGUUGUUUUAGUCAUCUUCCCUUUAAUACAGGCUUCACAUUCUUCUAACUUAUCAUUUUUAUUGAACGCCAUGCCUUGAACCUUAUUAUUUUUUAGUGCUAAUUUCAAAUCUUGCUCAUUCGCAUGUCCUAACUUUUGAUGCCACUCCAUAAUAUUAUUACAAUAUGAAGAGUUGACUUGUGGUUUUACAUGUCUUGGCGUUAUAUAAUAUAAACCAUCUUCACACUUAAACGCUCUCAUUGUUAUCUUUCCUUUUGCAUUCUUUACUGUGGCCACUUUGUCUCGGAAUAAAAUGGUAUUUCCAUAACUUGUACUUUUUCCAACUGACAUUAAGUUAGUAUUUAGGCUUGGUACAUAUAGAGAAUCAAACAAAUUGUGUCCUGAUUCUGGUACCUUGAAAGUGACCGUGCCUUUUCCUUUUAUUUCUGUGUAGAAGUUAUCUGAGGCUAGGCUGAGAUUUUGUUUAAUUUCUUGCAUAUCAUGCAGAUAAUCUCUAUUUUUGGUCAUGUGUGACGUACAACCACUGUCAAGAACCCAUUCAUCUUCUUCAAUAAUUUUGUUGUUAAGUGAAGAUAGACACUUUUCAUUGGCUAAAUUUGCCGAGUUGUUGUUAUUUUUAUAGCCUUUAUUAUUACGUGUUGCAUUUUUAUUUUGGGACGUACUUGGUUUGUUGUAACAAUCUGUAAUUGUGUGCCCUCCUUUUUUGCAAUAAGUGCAAAACUUGAACUUACGCUUUUCUUUGUUUUGGCCAUAAAAGGCUUCUUGCUGUACAUUGACUGUAUUUUCGCUUGCAUAGCAAUGCUUUCUUGAUUCACUUUCCUCGAUUAUUUUAACUUUUAACUCUUCUGGCUUAGGUAGAACAUCUCUAGUUUCGAUUGCUACUCUAAAGUUGUCAUACGACGGAGAGAGACUAUACAGCAUUAGAAAAGUGAGGAUGUCGUCAUGAACUUGUAUGUCCAUUUCCGCUAGUUUAUCAGCAGUUUCCAUAAAUUGCUUCAAAUGAUCUUUAAUUUGAUCGUCAUUUGUAAGUUUUGACAGAAGUAAUUGUUUUAAUAGCGAUGCUCUUUUGGCUGGCCCUUUGGAAUCAUAAAUGCUUUUUAGCUUGUUCCAUAUAUCCGCUGACGUUUUGCAAUUUUUUACUUGUUUUAUUUCAGACGGACAUAUCAAUAGCAACAGCUCUGACUUCGCUUGGAGGUCCCCGUCCUAAUCUUUGGAUGUUAUAGACCCUGAAAUGUGUUUCCACAAUCCAUUACGCGUUAAAACAGCUUGAGCCUGUAUGCACCAGGAUAUUAAUCUCAAGAUGGUGGUUAUAAGAUGGCGCUUCCAACUGAGGAGGAUUAUUUCUCGAAUCAGAGAAUACUUGACGUGGAAAUUCAAUGAGGCAGUAUUGACGUACCACUCACUUACAUAUAAUGAGCACAUGAACCAGAGCUAUGCGGUCGAUGUGCUAUUGGAGCCAAUAUUUUGGAUUGUUGACAAUUUUGCAUACUGCAUUGGAAAGGCUUUUGUCUUUUGUGUGACAGUGCUCACUACAGCAGUAGUUAUGAUAGCUUAUUGGGUUGGUCUUCCAUACUGGUGGGAAAGAUCUCCAAACACUACUAUAUUCCUAGUUGUGUUUGGUAAUUGGCUAUUGCUCAAUGUAGUAUUUCAUUAUUACAUGGGUGUAAGCACACCACCAGGAUACCCCCCUAGUGGUGUAAUGAUAGCAGAAGCUGCUAGUAUAUGCAAGAAGUGUAUAUCACCAAAACCACCACGGACUCAUCAUUGUUCUGUUUGUGAUCGCUGUGUCCUCGGUAUGGACCACCACUGUCCGUGGCUCAACAACUGUGUUGGUUAUUUCAACGCUCGGUACUUCUACUUGUAUAUGGUCUUUAUGGUUGCUGGCGUCGUCUUUGUUAUAAUAGCAGGAAUUGAUAUCGGAUAUCAGGUGCUUUGGAUUAACGAUACAGGUGGUAUCAUUCCCAACAAUGAUCCUGACUUAAUUGGUCAUCCAGUUCGCGUGAAUCAAACUGGAGCUCUUGUACCAGUUAAAGUAAUUGCAGAGUAUGAUGAUUCUGUCAAUUUCCCCCGAGAACACCACCUACCUAUACCUCCUAUAACUGAGGCUCAACGAAUCUGCGCACAUCCGUGGAAAAGAAAAGCAGUUAUCUUUAUGGCAAUCACCUGCGUCUCGGUGUGUAUCGCUCUAGGUAGCCUAACAGUAAUGCACGGCAUACAUAUUUCUAGAGGAGAAACCAGCGUAGAAUCCCACAUAAACGCUUCAAUGAGUAAACUGUACCCAACUUACAAAAACCCCUAUAAUUUCGGCAGAAGCAAAAACUGGAAGUUAUUCCUCGGAUUAACUCAAGGCAGAACUUUUGUUAGACAUAUUUUGUUUCCCUCUAGGCACAAGCCAGUGGGUAGUGGGCUCACAUUCCAUACUGUUAAUAAUGUGCUUGGGGACUGGCCAUAAAUAUAACUUAACUUGCCUGUGCGAUAGGAGUCAAUUUUCUUUCCCUGCCGUGAUGGCAGGUUGCUUGCAUUGAGAGAGUAGUCCAGACAGGUCGCGCGGCCGCUUUACUCAUUUCAUAGUUUGAUGUUCUUUCAAAUAAUAUGGUUGAUGUAACUUUUAAUUCAAUUUUAUCCAUAGUAUUGAAAAUUUAAUAUAAAGUUCCAUUUACUUGAAAAUUGCGAACUUUUCGGCCCGAGUAAUAUUUUAAUAUGUAAUUUAAAAGUGACAUAGAUUUAUUUCUAGAUCAAGUCUACUGAAAGUUUUUGAAUUUGACAAGUUAAUCAAAUAUAGCAUGUGUGAAGCGCACUCGUAGGGCUAUUAUUUUCAAAGAAUUCUACAAAUUCCUUAUUUAUUUCCGUAGUUUUGCCUUGUAUUGAUGACGAGUGUCAUACUUAAUUUCGACAAUAUUUCUAUUCGACAGUACUUCGACUACACAUUAAUUUGACGGAACACUACUACGACAAAACACAUGUUCGACAGGUCAU